CGGAAGAGAGAGAGAGAGAGGAGGACACGGCGACGCUACGAGGGUGCGCGCAGGAGAAUAGAGUCUGCGCCGUAGACACGUAAGUGGGGGACGAAGCCUCCCUGCUGCGCGGCAGAAGCAACGAACAGUUCUCGGUCCCCGACCGGCCCGUGAGCCACGAGAGAGACGGAGAGAAGCACGUCCGUGCAGCACUGAGCGCGAGCGAGACGGACAGAACGACUCUUGGUGAGUGAGAGGGAGACCUCAAGAGGGCGAAACGGAGAGAGAGAGAAGUAAGGAAAAGGGAGCAGCUUGUGGAACGCCGUGUCCUCGCGUGCUUGUGUCGCGUCUCGAGCGCAGCCAUUACGACAGAGUCGCUCGGUGACGCUCGUAACGCUGAGUAACGCGACGUGUAGCGGCGCGAACGCGAGUACGAUAUAGUGCGCUAUUCUCCAGUGGUGCGCGCGACAACGGUACGUACGCAUCGUUGUCGGUCGGUGCGGACAGAGCGCGGCUUCCCGACGGAGGCAACGCACGUGUGUAUACGGAAGAACGGGAGAAACGAGAGAGAAAGAGAGAGAGAGUUAACGUGUGUCGCUGACAAUCGGCGACUAUACAGUGACCCUGUUUGUUGUCGCCGCCGUCUCUUGCGCCUAGGGGUUGGCGUGAGAACUUUUCGCGGCAGUUACUCGACGUUUGUAGCUGCACAGUGAGAGCUGCCGAGGAGAGCACCCGGGAUCCACGCGGCUCGACAGGAUCCUUCAGUUAAGUUUCACGAACGCGCGCGCUACUAGACGAGAAGAGGUUUUUUGUCCCGUGAAGAGAGGAAGAAGACAACGCAUCAGCCAUGUUUGACGUAUUCGGCUCCGUGAAGGGGCUGCUUAAGCUCGAUUCGGUGUGCAUCGACAACAAUGUGUUCCGGCUGCACUACAAAGCCACCGUGAUCACGCUGGUGGCCUUCUCUUUGCUGGUGACCUCGCGACAGUACAUCGGCGACCCGAUCGACUGCAUCGUCGACGACAUACCGCUGCACGUGAUGGACACCUACUGUUGGAUCUACUCGACCUUCACGAUCCCCGACCGGACCGGCAUCGUCGGCAGAGACAUGGUACAGCCGGGAGUAGUCUCGCACGUCGAGGGCAAGGACGAGGUGAAGUACCAUAAGUACUACCAGUGGGUCUGCUUCACUCUCUUUUUCCAAGCGAUCCUCUUCUAUAUACCACGCUACCUGUGGAAGAACUGGGAAGGCGGUCGCAUCAAGAUGCUCGUGCUCGACCUCAACUGCCCGGUCAUCAGCGAGGACUGCAAGAGCGACCGGCGCAAGCUGCUGGUGGAUUACAUCACGACGAACCUGCACAUGCAGAACUUCUACGCGUACCGCUUCUUCCUCUGCGAAGUGCUCAAUUUCAUCAACGUGUUCGGCCAGAUCUACUUCAUGGACUUCUUCCUGGACGGUGAGUUCACUACCUACGGCUCCGACGUGGUGCGGUUCACGGAGAUGGAGCCCGAGGACCGUAUCGACCCCAUGGCCAAGGUAUUCCCGAAAGUCACCAAAUGCACCUUCCACAAAUACGGUCCAUCCGGCACGGUACAGAAGUUCGACGGGCUCUGCGUGCUGCCACUCAACAUCGUCAACGAGAAGAUCUACGUUUUCCUCUGGUUCUGGUUCAUCAUCCUCGCGAUCUUGAGCGCUCUGAGCCUGGCGUACCGCAUGGCCGUGAUCAUCAGCCCGAAGUUGCGCUACGUGCUGUUGCGUGCGCGCUCGCGUCUCUCACCGCAGGAUCAGAUGAAGAUCAUCUCGGACAAGUGCCAGAUCGGCGACUGGUUCGUUCUCUACCAGCUCGGCAAGAACAUGGACCCGCUGGUCUACAAGCAGCUCAUCGCCGACCUCGCGAGCAAGGUGCAGGGCAAGGAGAACGUGUAGCUCGUAUCGAACGGGAUCAAGAGACAGCAGCAGGAUCUCGUGGAGCUCUCUGAAAUUCUCCGAGAGGUUCCGAGUCCCUCGAUCGAGACGAGACUACCGAUCGAGUGAGAGAGAGGGAGAGAGAAAGAGAAAGAGAGAGAGAUAGAGAGAGAGGUAGAAUGAGAGAAUGAAAGACAAUGGUAAGAUACCGCCGAGAAAGACAAAGAGACACGCCGAUGAGCUAUCAGGAAAAUUACGUCCAGAGAGACGUAUCGGCGUCUUUAAUUAGACUGGAUUGCACCGAUGGUCCACAUUUUGGCUGUUUUUAAAUUAAAUAAUUCGUAACCUCUUUUUAUAUUCUAAGAGUCUAACUUUACGAUACAGACAGGGAAAGAGAAAUCGCGCUCAAUCCUAGUUGAUCCUCGAGUCGGCUUUGACGCCUCCUUCACGCAUUGAACAGUAUCCAUAGUCGUUGCUCGAAACUUGCCUCAGGUGAGAUACUCGAAUUUCAAUCUUGAUCUGUAUUAAUGGUCGUUACUCGAAACUUGCUUCAGCUGAGAGAUGGUCGAAUUUCAAUUUAGAGUUUGACGUGCGAGUUGUUUCCAACUGAAUCGCGAUUACGCAUGUGUCGCGUAUAUUGUAUGAUUUAAAACAAAAUAUAAAAAAAAAAAACAUUCAAAUGAAGAAAACUCCAACCGAACUCUAAAUUCAGAUUUGAUUAUCGUUUCGUAGGAUAAGUUCCAAGUAACGACUAUUAAAAAUCUUAAAUAAUCUUAAAGUUAGACGUGAGCUGAAUUGUGCGACUACAAUCACAAUGUCACAUCUGUGAAAUCAGAAUAAUCAGAAAGAAUUACUCAAACGAAACAUUAAAAUUUAACUAAGCUUAGACCGACAUCCGCCGUGGGACAGGUUCCAAGCCACAACUACUAACACAGGCCAUUAAGAACCGCCGGUGUCACAAAGAUUAAUCGAUUGCGCAUUAAUUCGUCCGGCGAUCGCUGAUUCAAUCGCUUGCGAGCCGCGAGCGAGCGAGCGAGCGAGCGAGCGAGCUGGAGAAAGAGAGAGAAAGAGACUCAGUCAAGUUUAGCGACUCGUCGUAACUCGAGGGAGGCGGAUUGAGCGAGAAUCCUUGCCUGUCUCUCUCUAGAUUGUAGCUAGAUAAUUAUGUAGAUUUAUUGUACGAGGUGGCUCUUCAAGUUGAUCAUAUCGGCUCAGUCGACGUCGCGUCGGUGCAACCGGGCCUCUCGCGCAGGUUUAGGUAGUUAGGCCAAGAUUCUUACGUGUCUCUCGCCGUCCCUCUCAUACACGCUUCCAUUUUGGCGUCGGGUCGAGACAAAGCGCGCCGUUCCGCUGCCCGUUCUCUCUGUCUCUCCUUGUCUUUCGCAUCGGCUUCUCCUCGUCUUCGGAUCCUUUCACCCGCGGUGAGUUUCCCAUCGAUUUUGCGAUCGCCCGUUCCACUAGGUUUCUACGUUUGCUCGUCCCCGGGUCUCCUUCUUUUGUCGUUUUACUACCCGUGCGACCCCCCGGGGCCUUCCGAGUCGACCGAGAUUCCACCGGACUCCAUUGCCGACAUUGUCUGUGUGUGUCGUUUGGUUCUCUUCUUAUUUUACUUCUGUUUCUCCAAACGAAUCUCACGUCUCACGGCAUGGCAAGUGAGUGACGAAAGCAGCCUUAGAUUUCGGAAGCAUUUGUUUCAGCUCGCACGGCUAACGUAUAUCCCGCACUUUUCGCUAUUUAACUUCAUUAUUUAUUCGCACACAGCGUUGUUUCCUUUGCCAUGGCCGUUAUCGGACAUUGAGGUUCUUGCUUCUUCGCAGCCAUCUUGAUUAAUGACGUCAGAAGAGUGGCAGAAUGCACACUCGACAUUCUUGUAAAAUACCUUGAAAUAAGAUACGUUCACAGAAUGACACAAUCGCUUAGGCAGAUUGUACAGAAUAGUCCGAACACUUUUCUUUUGCUUCAACAAUCAAUAGGUUAGCGUGAAAUCAACAUGAUAAUUUAUUGCUCGUUAGAGGAAAAGGAGAGUGUUCAGACUACUUUGUAGAUCUAUUCGAUCGAUUUCAAAUGUCAUUUCAUGAAUAUAUCCUUUUAUCUUACAAGAGUUUCGAACGUAUAUUUUUUCGCUCGCGAUGUCAUCGAUGAAGAGUUCCGGGAGCAGCCAGGAACUUCAAUGGAUUAAAAUUUAUUUGAGCGAAAUAAUCGGCAAACCAACAGUCAAAAUUAAGCAGUCGUCACAGAUGCAAUUAUGAAUAAUUCGACCGAUUGAUGAAAUUAAUCGCUAAUCAGUGUAUAAUCAAUCGAAUCAAAAUCUUACGAAUAAUUAAUUUCACCGGUCGAUUAAAUUACUCCCGAUUACAUAUAAGACGAUUGAUUAAUUGGACGAUCAGUUUGCCGAUUACUUGAGUUGGCUAAGAUUCUAAUCGAUCAGUGCUCGAUGCCGAUCUCAAUCUGAGAACAUUAAUAGGCUUUGUUCCUCCCCGAAACGAGCUUUAUAUUUCAUUUAUAUAAAUUUUCAAGUAUUUUUUUCUGAGUGCGCGCGGCGAAGUAUCGUUCAGCGUGCCGCGUGCUCGCUCGGCACGCAGCUGUUUUACAGGGUUCACGAUUUUCUCACGCAGAAAUAGCCUUCGAGUCUGCCUUGAGGGACCAGAGGAACCUUUGUUUCUUGUUCUUAUCGUGACUUUGAGCCGAGAUACGGAGCUCAACGGAUUUUCUCUCGCGCACGCGCUCCCAACGACAACGAGUUCAUUCCCUCUUCCCUCCCGACUCGCAAUUACGCAUGAUCAAACAGGAUUAUUCGUCGUUUAUUAGCCGCUUAUAACGACCGAUUAGGAAUCGAGCCUGCAGCGAUGUCGCUCUUUCUCUCUCUCCUAAUCGCGCGCUUCCUGCGGGACUCCUCCGCAGGCGAAACAAUAAAAAGAAGGAAAAAAUAUCCACUGUUCCGCGAAGCGCUUCGCUGAGCGGCAUUCUCGCGAAGUCCCUCCGCAAGGAACGAACUUGUAAUACAUGCGUGUGUGUAUUCGUUCGUUACGCACGGUGGAACGACCUGCCCCGUAGAAAUACACGCGAGGAAGAGACGGAGAUCGAUAAAAAAAAAGGAGAAAACGCGGGGAGGAAGGAGGGAAGGAAACAAAAGGGCGAUAUAUCUAAGGGCGAUUUUAUUUUUGUUCGUUGAUAAGAACGCCAGGAAUGUUGUGACGGUACUUUGGAUACUUUUACCGUUCGGAUCCGACGUAUUGCUCAACGAAGAAGAGAGGAGUGGUAAACCUGUGAAAGAGGUUGAGGAGCCGCGAGGUCCACUCCCGGCAUUUCCCGGGGCCUUCGUUCGUGGACUUCGACCGUGUGAUAAAGCGGGGAACGGCGCUCGUGUUCAGUCUUUAUGCUAGCUUUGCUGCCUUCAUGUCUUUCUUUCAUUUUUUGUUUUGUUUUGUUUUUUUUUUUUCUUUUUUAUUUUCGUUCCCCAUCGAGCUGAGUGCACGGACGCGUGUCGUCUCCCGAGCCCGACGCGGAUUUUCGGAUUCGCCAUGUCAUCGCGAUUACCGUGUAAUUACUGUGAAAGGUUCGGAACGGCAAGUAGGAUCAAAUGCCCAAUUACUGGUAUCCUCUUAGUCAUUAAACCUACAGGGAAAAAAACCUGGUUUUUCGUACGACCGGCAAUACAGUCGAGCUGUUUACCUGCAUUCAAUCAUUCCGAAAAAGAGAACUUCACGAUUAAAACUGUGAACAACCGUCAUCGGUCGCGAGAGAAGCCAGGUUUUUCUCGAGUAUCAAUACAAACACCCAAUAAUUGGGUAUUUUAUCCUAUUAUAUCUUCUGUUAUCGCGGACUCGCGUCGGUUCUCAGCUUGCGCCAUAAUUCUUAUUUUAGUACCCUCGCGAGAUCGCCCCCUCUCUCUUUCUCUUUCUCUUGCAUACGCAAGUCUCUGUCUAUGCGCGUACGCGAGGAAGAGAAUCGCACGCGCCUCCCCCUGCGAAUUAUCAUCUAACUUAUCCCUUUUUUCUUCCUUCAUACUGUCGAUUACAUUUUGAUUUAUGUACGCUAUGUAUGUUAACUAUGUAUGCUAGCAAACAUCCCGUAGAACUGUAUAUCGUAAGUUGCUAUCAUAUGUUAUAGACAAAACAAAUUGUACAUGCAAUGAGCAUACACAGAGAGAGAGAGAGAGAGAGAGAGAGAGAGAGAGAGAGAGAGAGAGAGAGUGUGUAUGUGUGUGUGCAUCUGUAUGUGAGAGGAAGAGGUGAGGUAGACUGUGUGUGUACGUAUAUAUGUGUGCGUGCGCGUACGUGCGUAUGUGUAUAGGAUUAUUAAUUAACGUGUGAAUCCGUCUUCUCUCGUAUUUCAUUCCAGGCAUAAAAGACAUGCGCACAAUUUUGUACGUAAAUAAUUCCGGAACGUGGGAGGAGGAGACAAACUCUCCCACCUUCUUAACCUAACAUUGCGUAUUGUACGUUAUCGAAGAAGAGAUUCUACUGUAUUUUUAUAUUGUAAAAUUAAUGUGUCAAAAUGGGACCACACUGUAGUUUAAAAUUAAUGUAUCAAGAUGGGACGUGGCAUAAAUAUAUAUUCUUUUCAUCGUCUCAAUUUCUUUUUUACAAUAGAAGUUUAUAAUAAAAAAGAAAUACAUGCUGGUGUUUCGAGGGGCCAAUCUGUGACGCUAUCGCGCAAUUUUCUAGUUAUUUUCCCUUUUUUUUUCAAUAUACUAGAGACUGUGCGUACAUACUACGAAUUGGCGAUCAGCGUUGCGUUGCUGCUUUGCGGACCGACGUGUUAUGCGUAUCCGCACGUGAAAUUGUAAUUAUCAUAUCGAAGUUGCGUAAUCUCGGCAGGCGAUAAACCACUCGCUCACUGUUGCGUUUCACCUCGUUCAUAUCCAACGAACGUUUCUAAGUAUCGUCCAGACAUGCUGUCUCCCGUGACUUCGUGCGCGAAGUGAUAGCCCAGGUUAGAAAUGGCUGAAGGUCUCGACUAGAAAUUGACCUCAUACUGAAAAAAAUCACUUGAAAAUUGAUUUGCAGAAUAUAAAGUUUACACUUUUGUGAAAUUAAAUCUAUUCCUGUGAAUAAAGUUGAUCUUCCACGAGUAAAUUUUCAAGUAUCUUCUUCUCAGCGCAUCCUGAUCACGGGUUGAUCCCAAUCAGUCAUCUGGUUUGUAUAAGAUGACUGUACCGGCUCCUAACGAGUCAUGCAACGUGGCAUGGCCAUCAGGGCUUCAUUAAUAAUAGGGAUUAUUAAUAAUUAGGACCUUAUCAGUAGCUAUAGGACUCUAUGUCGCUUUGCACAAACCAGCUAACUGCUUGGUGCCAACUCGAUCAGGACCAUGGGGUGAAUUUCUAAGGUGGAGUUGCUGUUGCGCCGGGCCGAGGAGCGAGUGAAAAAGUGCCGUCGCUCGUCGCGUGUUUUCUCUGUCUGCAAGCGGUGCCACGUGUGUCUUACAUGCAGGCACGCACAACGUCCCGACAUACCGCCGACGUGUUCACAUCGAGUGUCGUGUUACUAUCGCCGAGACAACGACGCCCCCGACUCGCCCGUGCUGUUCGAUAGAAAUCAAAACGUGGCGGCUUGUUGCGCGCUAACACCGCCUUGCCAAGUGAUAAAAUGUCCGCUUCACAAGAUCCGCGGGAGUGGGAAGGAAAGAAAGAGAGAGACAAAAGAAAGGAGAUCGACCGUACGUGUAAUAUCCGGGCUGAUUUCACGUUAAAGAGGUGAUCGUUGCGUUUACGUUCCGACUUUUAUUGAGAUAACGGUAUUCGAGAUAGAUUGUACAAUCGAUGAAUUGACUUUCUGCAGACCUUCAGUGUGUGCAUGUGUGCGUGUUUGAGGGGAGGGAGAGUAAUGCCAGUGCUCGAAUUACGCGAUACCGGAGACUCGCGGGUUUCUCCUCUGUUUUCAAAGGAAAGUAGUGCCAAUCGGACUACGAUCUUUCGAUAACUCGUGUCUUCCUAUCUUAAUCCUACAUAUUAAUCUGAACACGGAAGUGACAUAUCGCUAGAUUUAUACUUUGUAAAAACUUUCAUAUGAAUAUAAGUAAAAAGAGACACACACACACACACACACACACACACACACACAUAUAUAUAUAUAUAUAUAUAUAUAUAUAAUACAUAAAAAAAAUAAAUAUAUAAAUAAAACAAUGCAAUAAAUUUAUUUAAAGAAAGCAGAGAAAGAAACUCAUUUAAACUAUAAUACAGGGCUCACGUUGAAAUAGAUUUCUCAGCAAAGAGAGUUUCUCGAACUAGUGUUUUAAAGUAGAAGUACCAAUAUCUGGAUACUAAUAACACUGGUAUCUAACUCUAAAUCUAAUUUUUCUCAUGUUCUUUGGUUUUUACAUACGAAUAUUGAAACAUUGAACAUAGAGUAUAUGUGAGACAGAGUUGCCGAAAUCGUAUCGCCGUCUCCUAAAUCGUACUUUAUCGAUUUCUUUAUUAUUAUUGAAUAUGAAUGACAUUUAAAAAUGAGAAGUAAGUAAACAAUGAGAAGUAUAAACAAAAGAUUUCGGAUCAUAUUUUAUGCAUGUUACAGACAUUACAAAAAUAAAGCACAUAUAACUGAUAAAGCAACCCUCUAUAUAUAUAUAUAUAUAUAUAUAUAUAUAUAUAUACACAGUUAGGUACUAAUGUUACUAGUGCCCAGGCAUACUUUUGUCUCACAAGGGAACAUAGGCAACCCGAAAAUUCAGAAAAUUCUGAGACAUUGUGUGCAAGUAGAGUAGUACAUCCAUAACAUAAAACUAUUUUUUGUUUCUGCUAAAUUUCGAUUUAAGGGGGUGAAAUCCUCUCGAGAAAACACAUUUUUAUUUUUAGCGAAUAUUUCCUAAAAUACAAGGCAUAUGAAAAAAUAGUUUAUAUAAAAGUGAUAGAAUAUUUUGUACUCUUUGCAAUGGUGUAUUCAAAUUUUGCAAAAAUGAAAAAUUUAUGAACCCCCUUUCGCCACUCAUUGGUCUCGAGGGGUGGUUUCAUUCCCUUAAGUCGAAAUUUAGCAAAAACAAAAAAUAGUUUUAUAUUAUAGAUGUACUACUCUUGCACACAAUUCAGAAUUUUCUGAAUUUUCGGGUUGCCUAUGUUCCCUUGUCAGUAACUCGCGGGAAAUGGCCCAUCUGACUGACGACUGUGAGGCGCGUUUUCAGUUUAGCGAUUUCUCGGUACGUAACGCGGGCAUUCUCGCGUAAAGAACGCGCGUUGGUUCCGCUUCGGACGUGUUAGCGUGCCUACUUUUGGCGAUGAACAUGCGGCGAAUGUGUAUGGACGAAUGAGUCGCUCGUAUAGCGACGAGAGAGAGAGAGAGAGACACGAAGAAAAAUGCGACACGGUCACUAUUCGCUUCUUCUUCGCGCCAGGGACAUUUCCAUGUGAAAUUUAUGCUCAAAGUAAGACUGCCAGGUAAUCGAAAACGCUCUACCGCGUCACUUUUUUAGAUAUAUGUGUGAGAUAGAACUAAAAGAAGAAAAACACAAACGCAACGCUGUUGUCCGGUAUAUCGAUAUUUAUGGUUCGCGUUAUUUUCCUCCGACCGGUUUUCCGAUUCGUUUCGUCAAUGCUCGGAGCGUCAGAGGACGUACAGAAGUCGCAUAAUAUUAUUGCUAAUGUUUUUUCUUUCUAUCUAUAAUCUACCGUCAUAGAUUAUAGACGUUCUUUCUUGCCUCGCUUGACUUUCGUUCUUUCCACAGCGACAAACUUUGUUCUCAGUCAAUGAUUUCUCUUUUGCUUGAGCGCUAUUUAGAAGUUCAGCCGCGACAUUAGCGAUAUGCGUUAUUGCGUCUAAUAAUAAGUGCCUGGUUAGCGUUAGAUAUAUAUUAUAUAUAUAAAGCGUAUUCUCCCUUCAAUAAUAGUUAAUCGACAUUCCGGCGAGACAAGACUGCGAUUAUUCCCGAGCGAAGAACCAAGCGAUUCUUGUCGCACGCGCCACUUUCUCGAUUUUGCGAGGUUCACUCUUGCGGAUUUCGGCCAGUAUUGGAGAUUUACAACAAAAAUUUUCUUUGACUAAAAGAAUCGGCAAAUCAGUCGUGAAAAUGAGUCUAUCGUGUUGUGUAUGUAAUCACGAGUUAUUUAAUCGAUUGACGAAAUCAAUUAUUAAUCAGUUAACUCACAAAGGAGAAAGUUGGGUUGUGUUAACGUGAACUUUGAUUGUGAUGAAACCAACGCGUUGUGGUUGGAGAAAACGGAGUUUCUCUAGUCCUUAGAAACGCAAAUUCGGGUCAUAAGAACCGUAGAAAUUUUGUCUUUCAAUCAAAACGCAUUGGUUGGUUCAUUCAAAUCAAAUUUUGCGUUAAUAGACCGAAGACCGAGAUAAGUUGGUAAAAUCAAUUGUUUCUACAGUUCUUCAACAGAUUUCAGAAUCAAGCAAGCAAGGAUUUCAAAAAUAUCUUUGACAUGAUUAAAAAUCUUGCUUGCUUCAUUUGUAACUUGUUAGAAAAUAGUAGAAAUAAUCGAUUUUGCUAACUAGUCCCAGUCUUUCCUACAUCUUUCUUCACAUCAAUCAUAUAAAAGUUUGACUAAUAAUUAAUUCCCCCAAUCGAUGAAAUUGUUUGUACUGGAUACUUGAAAAUUUAUUUGUGAGAUAUAAAAUUUAUUUCUGUGUGAACGCAAACUUUAUAUCCCACAAAUAGAUUUUCAUGUAUUUUUUUCUCAGUGCAAAUGUGACGAUCAAUUAGUUUCUAUUACUGAUUUGCCGAUUAUUGCGGUUGAAGACAAUUUUAGUCGAUUGAUGCGCGACACCGAUUUUGAGACGUAUCAAAAUUUCGUUACGUCUUACCACGUGAAUUCUAGGAAAGAAACGGAGAAAGGAGGUAGAAAAUGGCGCUUGCGCGCAGUUUUCACGCGAGAUCACGUCGGCAUCUUGUCGAUCGAGAUUUCUCGAAGAGCUCUUGGUUGCAAUUGGAAUCAAUAUAAAGCGACGAAUGAACAGGCGAACGGUGUCGAUUAAUUUUUUGGGGCUUUCCAGUUCUUCCACGCGACCGAGCCGAGAGGGAUGUUACAUGCGCGUAUUCUCGAGUUGGGGUGACGGCUGUAUCGGGGUUAUCGGAACUGUAUGCCGUACAUAUCUGGUCUGCAUCCUGCCGAGCGUAGAUAAGAACACGCGCGCUUCCUCUCGCCCGGUGAUUCUGCGCUUCCGAUACCGGUGGGCGCAUCGUGGUAGAUAGAAAUGCAUCUUUUCGACAUUUCUAUUUCAUGCGCCGUCCGAUUUUUUAUUCGACAGAAAAGGGAGGGAGGGAGAGAGAAGGCCACAUUCACAGAUACAUGUUCUCGCGUCUACUGCAACAGUGAUAAGUUGGAAAAGAGAGAGAAAGAUAUAUAUAUAAAUAUAAAAGAUAAUAUGUUUAUCGUAUAUAUAUAUAUAUAUAUAUAUAUAUAUAUAUAUAUAUAUAUAUAUGUAGUAUAUAAUUAUAUAAUAUCUAGAGAGAGAGAGAGAUACAUGUGAGAGAUAUAUGUGCGACUAGUAUAUAGUAUAUAUUUUCCGAAUGUGUCAAAAGAAAGACAAACGCGAGCAGAGCGUCAAUCAUUCCGACAAGGACGGACGAUACAUCGUUGCCUUCUUCAUGCCUUUAGGAUUUGUCCUUCUCUCUCAUCGACGAUAUAUUUAUGUAAGAAUAGCUACGAGUAUAGAAGAGACGAUAUACUAUCUGCGAUAUGACGAUUAUAGAGAUUAAGAGACGCGCACAUAGCAGCCGUAUAGCGUGUUGUCCGAUAUCGAGCGACUGAAAUCGGCGUGCGAAUUUCCGCGAGUUUGACUUCGCCUGUUCCCUUGUAGCUGCGCUUCUAUCUUGUAGCUUUUUCCGUUUCCCUAUCUCUUUCCACCAAGUGUCCUCUGCUCGACCUGACGUCUGGCUCUCCCAGGUCUUUUAUUACGGUACUUCGGUUGGGCGCGAUGAACUUGACAUUACUCAAUUUCCUUUUGUCCACUUCAUUUGUGAAGUGCAGGCACGCAAUUCGAUGCAGCUACGAAGGGCAGGGGGCUCAUCACUGUGCCUGGCGAAUCACGCGAACACGACGCGCAUCCAGAGUUCGAGAUACUCGCGCGGAAGUUGCGCCGAUUUCGACCAUCGCGAAUUAAGACGAUAACGAGAAAAUACACGGCCGAGGAAAGAUAAUCCAGGGCACCGUGCUUACCGGCACGCAUAGAAGAAUGAGCAAUCGCGGCGUCUCGAUGUAGACAAAUUUACAUUAUUAUUAUUAUUAUUCUAAAAUUAACUUCCCAUAUAUCUCUUCUUCGGCUUAUCCGCACCGUUCUUUUGCCGUGUCCUUUGACCGCGCGUGACUCGCGAAUAUAUGCGGCCAGGGAAAACACUGCCCUGCUGAGGUUCGAAUGUUAUAUAAAUAUAUAUAUAUAUAUAUAUAUAUAAAUAAAUAUAUAUAUAAAUAUAAAACACAUAUAUUUUAAUAUGAGAUGUUUUCCCCUGUGAAGAGUAAACAAACGAAUAAGUAUCAACAAAUAAAUAUCAACGAUCAUAAGCAAUA